AGUCACGAAUAAGACAUGUUUUCAUUAAAAACAAAUAUAGAUUCUUAUUUUCGGUUAAAAUAUCAAAGUGAUACAUCUUAAUAUGCUAUGUUUUGAUAUGUAAAACCUGCUACACAGUUUUAGAUUACUAUCAUUUGAAUUCUAUAUGGAUUAGUUUAAUCGGUUUUGAGAUGGAAAAGGGCAAACCAAAAUCAGCAGCAAGAGAAAAAAGUCGGGAGUCGAGCUUUGUGAAAAGCGGUCCCAACAGCAACCAGAACAGUCGUCCAAUCAGUCAAGAACGCCAAAAAAGAGGCAACGAAAGUCGGCGUAACAGCGUAAAUGUGCUUACAAUGCUACCGAAAACUCCACCAGGCUCCCGGCGGUUCUCAUUCACACCUGACAAAGACAACAUCGACGGAGAACACAUGAGGCGAAGUGGCGAGGAAGGACGUGAAGAGCGAGGUGCAGAUGUCGCCUCAAAAGCGUCUUCAAAAGUCAGCAAAUUUUUGGAUUAUUAUAACGAAGCUUUGCGAAGAAGGCUUGAAAGAGAACUUCUGAAACCAGUCAAAGUCGUAGUUAAAGAGGAGUCUGAUCACGACACAGAAGAUGAUUUGUCCGAUAACGAGAAAAAGGCGAAAGCAACAACGAUGUGGGGUAAAGCUGUGAAAAAGACAGCGAUGGUAAAUAAGAUUGCUGAUGCUGGACUAGGAAAAAAGUCACUGGGAUCUCACGCCCUGACAAUGAUUAACAAAAAGAAAGCUGUAAAGCAAGUUCAGAUGUUACUGAGGAGAGUGGAAGUGAGAAGGAAGUUUCGGAAGAAGACAAGGAUUAUCAUAUUUUGUGUAAGAUGUGUAAAGGAUCACAGUUUCAAAUUUCGAGAAAAUAGUGAACUUACACCAUAUAUGAAUACACUAAAUUACAUUGAUUACAAGAACGAUCAAGUCAAGGAUUUAAUGUUCGAUCGAUCACAGUUUAGUGCAAAUCGACAGAUGCGAAUUUCUGAAGAAACAAAACGAAUUUUGUGCAAGCGAAAAUCAACUAGGACGGAACAUGAAGUGUAUUCGGCACUGAUAGCUCUGAGAAAUAUUCGUAGCUUUGCUGAACUUCCUGUUAGGAUGCAGCAGAUGAUAGCAGCAGCGGGACAAUAUGAGUCAUAUGAGGGAAAACGAGUAAUCACACGGGAAGGUCACCCAUCUGCCGCCUUCUACUUCAUCCUGUCAGGUGCAGCUGUGGCUAUGAAGAUGGACCCUGAAAGACCAAAUAUUGCCAGUGCUGUAAAAGAAUAUGUUAAAGGGGAUAAUUUUGAGGAGAACCCAAUGAUCAACGAUACUGUAAGGGAAAUAACUGUGCUUACGAAAGAGUCGUGCGAGUUUCUGAGUAUCUCAGCCGCCGAUUACAAGAACAUCUUCAUGCAAGGUGGUGUUAAAAAUCUAAAUGAUCCUGACCAAGAGAUGUUUUUAAAGAGUUUACAUUUCUUAAAUGGCUGGCCUAUAAAGCUUCUUCAGGACCAUCCAAAAGAAUGCCGUUUUCAUUAUUUCAAGAGAGGGUAUGUAUUGAGCGAAGACACGAAAAGGUCUCCAUGGUUAUUCAUCGUCAAGUCUGGAAGUCUUAGUGUGAUGAAGAAACUAAAGAAAGUCGGACCAUUCGAGUGGCGAAAAAACAGCGGUAUUAAACCGUUGACAGAGAAAGAAUCGAGGGAAAGACUUCAAGAACGCAAGCAAUGGAGAAGAUAUGUUUUAUCUGAACUUCGUGUAAACUUACAAAAGCAAAAUGAAUUUGAGGAAAUCGAGGAAAGGGUUGAUGGAAAGCCAAAACCAUUUGAACAUCCUGAUAUCAAAGUUCACAUGGAAGGGGCUGGUUCCCUUGAUGGCAAAAACCAGAAGUAUUAUUACCCGAAUCUUUGGGCGUAUAGAAGCUCAAACGAUGAAGAGGAAAAAUCCGCAUUUUCAAACAUCAACAAGCAGUUCCUAUAUACCAUAUCAAGUCAUACUGCGCGAGGACCUAAAAAGAAGACGGUGACAGCAGAAGUCAAACCCCCAACCACUGCUCCAGAGCUGCAACAGGUACGGCCUAGUUCAGUGACCCGCUCUGUACCAUCCCCCGGUUCUGAUGUGUCAGAUGUAUCGCUUAGAAUGAUCCUUACCUCACCUAAUGGUACAGAAGAAACUCCAAGAACGCCAACCAGUGUUUUUGACGAACGGUUAAAAACAAUUGCAGCUGAGGUUCGCAAUGGAGGAGAACCUCUGACAGAGAUCGACUUGAAUCCUCAAUUUGUACAUAUACAGACGUUGAUUAAAGGGGAUGUUUGGGGCGUUGCUGAUGUGCUGAUAGACGACCAACCAAGUAUGAUAAUUGUCAGUAACGGUGCUGACUGUGUACUGAUUAGCAAACAGUUCUACAAGCAAAAUUGUCCAGAGAAAUUACACCGGAAGCUUAAACACCACAUUUGUCCUUAUCCCUCGGAUGACAAUCUUCAAGACAGUCUUCAGAUUAGUGUCGAUUGGAACGAGCAUAGAAGAUGUGAGUUGUCAGACACUGUGAAGAGAGUUCGUCAGCAAAGGAUCAUUAGGGAAACAACAUUUCCUACAGAACGUGCGGAAACUGUCAAAUAAACUGCUUUCCGGAAUGCGGAUGCUGUAUACUAAAUCUGAAAUAGUUAAAAAAGAUAUAAGUUUCAUAUACAUUGAGUGAGGGCUACAAAGAGCAAAUAUUUCAUUCGUAUAAAUAUGCCUGUAUUCAAACUGUACCAUUGGAAGUAACUGAAGACAUGUAUGAAACUGUUUUUGUUUUAUGAUAUGACCAGAUGUAUAUAUGACGUGUAAAAGGUUUCUAUCAUGUAAGUGGUGGAGUAAGAGCCUUUUCUGAAUAUAUAUUUAUAAUUGAAGUCCCUCUGGCAUGAUUUAUUCAUUUUUGGUAUACUUGACAACAUUUUGAAAAUUUUCAAAUACAUAUAUUUGUAAAAACUGACAAGAAUGUUUUGCCAUAAAUAAGAGGGUAGAAAAAAUGUUGUUGUUUUUUUAAUUAUUAUUAUUGCAGUUGUUAAGAUACAGAUAUAUGUGUUAAAUGAUAACUUAACGGAUAUCAGUAUAUCAACAUAUAUCUUGACUUUAAUACGAAAUUGUACAUUAACAUCUAAAUAAACCAUCCCACAAAAUAUUCUGAAUAUAUUCAUAAUGCACAUUUUUGUAUUUUUGAGAUAAUUUCAAAAAGCUGUAAAAGUAAGGACGAAUUCCAUUUGAACAACUCUUACAACAAAGCUAGAACUUACACGUCUUGGUCUGAUCUUUUCAUUAGCUUCACUGGUAAAUUAAGCACAGUCCACUCCACUCACGGUCUGGUACCUUCCUUAGAAGUAUUUUAAUCUUCAUAGUAUUGUUACAGUGAUCCAAAAGAGUCAAUACUAGGGAGAAGCAAGUGGGAACCCCUCUGCGAGGCGAAAAAACAUCCGCUUUAAGGACAUAGAUGCGAGUUAGCAAUGAAUAAAAUGUACUUUUGGAUGUCCCUUUGUGAGUUGUAUUUACUU